AUGUGCCUCAGCUUAGCGCUCACAGCAUGUCGGUACGGUGCAAGCUUAGCCAACUACUUGGAGGUCGUCGAAAUAUAUCACGGGCCACCUCAUCCUCCGAAAGUGUCCAUCGGUGGCUCGCUCUCUUCUAAACAACAAAAUAUUGAAGAAACGCAGUUUAUGAAGGGCCAACCAAAGUCGACCUUUGAGGCAGUCGAAGGUGAGCCACCUCAAGUCGUUUGUGGGGCGCUUAUGCGUGACCGACUGACUGGCCGCGAAUUCUUGGUCAAGGCGCGCUGCGUGAUCAAUGCAACCGGACCGUAUACUGACCUUAUUCGCCAAUUGGACCACCCUUCGGCCAAAAAGAUUUGUCAGCCUAGCUUGGGUGUACACAUCACCUUACCGGGAUACUACAGGUGA